GAAGACGUGGACAUCAUCCUGGCUCGACUGAAGAAGGUGAAGGCCUUUGAGCGGUUCCAGCCCAGCCUCCUACAACAGAUCUGCCUGUGUGGAUUCUAUGACUGUCUGGAGAAGGGCAUCACCUUGUAUCGUCAAGGAGACAUUGGGACAAGCUGGUAUGCUGUGCUCUCUGGCUCUCUGGAUGUCAAAGUGUCUGAGACAGCCAAUCACCAGGACGCCGUCACUAUCUGCACCCUGGGGAUCGGGACGGCGUUCGGGGAGUCCAUCCUGGACAACACCCCUCGCCACGCCACCAUCGUCACCAGGGAGGUCAGCGAGCUCCUACGUAUCGACCAGAGGGACUUCAGGUCACUGUGGGAGAAGUAUCGUGAGUGCAUGGCUGGGCUACUGGCCCCUCCUUAUGGUGUGAUGGAGAACGCCCCCAGUAUUGACACGAUGCCAGACAAAGAGAAUAUCAGCAACAAUUCCUUUGGUUCCAUCUCCAAACAUCUAAACAAGAAAUCAUUCAGUGAAAGCCCAGCCAAACCCGGCCCUAAAUCCUUUUCUCAGGUGCCGUCUGAGAAAAUCCUGCGGGCGGGGAAGGUCCUUCGCAACGCCAUCCUCUCCCGAGCGCCCCACAUGAUCAGAGACAGGAAGUAUCACCUCAAGACAAACAGCCGGUGCUGUGUAGGGAUCGAGCUGGUGGACUGGCAGAUGCAGGAGAGCUGCUUGGUCCACUCCCGGCCUCAGGCGGUGGGGAUGUGGCAGGUCCUGCUGGAGGAAGGCGUGCUCAACCACGUUGACCAGGAGCUCCACUUCCAGGACAAGUACCUGUUCUACCGUUUCCUCGACGACGAGCAGGAGGGCGCGGCCCCGCCCAGCCAGGAGGAGAUGAAGGAGAGCGACGAGGAGCUGAAGGACACCAUGCUCCUCCUCUCCCAGAUCGGACCCGACGCCCACAUGAGGAUGAUCCUGAGGAAACUUCCGGGGGAGAGGACGGAAGACGAUCUGGAGAUCAUCUACGAGGAGCUUCUGCAUAUAAAGGCCUUGUCUCACCUGUCUACCACUGUGAAGAGGGAGCUGGCAGGAGUGCUGAUCUUCGAGUCCCACGCCAAAGCAGGAACCGUGUUGUUUAACCAGGGGGAGGAGGGGGCGUCCUGGUACAUCAUCCUAAAGGGUUCCGUCAACGUCGUCAUCUAUGGGAAGGGGGUGGUCUGCAGCCUGCGGGAGGGGGACGACUUUGGGAAGCUGGCCCUGGUCAACGACUCGCCCCGCGCAGCCUCCAUCGUCCUGCGAGAGGAUAACUGUCACUUCCUGAGAGUGGAUAAGGAGGACUUCAACAGGAUACUGAGGGACGUGGAGGCCAACACAGUGCGUCUGCAGGAGCAUGAACUGGACGUGCUGGUCUUGGAGAAGAGCCCCAGCAGCAGCUGCUCCACCCAGGGCUCCACCUCCACCCACUACAAAUACACCGUGAUGUCAGGAACUCCAGAGAAGAUUCUGGAGCACUUCCUUGAGAUGAUGCGUGUGGACACUCAGUUCUCAGAGUCAGACCCAGCGUUGGAUGAUUUUGUGCUCAUGCACUGUGUGUUCAUCCCCAACAGCCAGCUGUGUCCCGUACUCAUGGCCCACUACCAUGCGGAGGCGUCUCAGGGCUCGGAGCAGGAGAGGAUGGACUACAGCCUGAAUAACAAGCGGCGGGUCAUCAGGCUGGUCCUGCAUUGGGCCUCUGAGCACGGAGACCAUCUCCUGGAGGAGGAGGCCUCCCUCGCCUUCCUUGAGGAGCUCCUGGCUGCUGUGGCUGAAGACGCCAAGGUGAUGCCUGCCCUGAAGGAUCAGCUUCCGGAGCUGGAGAAGACCGUAAAACACAACUUUGACGAUGCCAAAUCUUCUCAAAAGCAUAAAGUCCUCCUGAGGCAGUUCAGCAUGGGAGACGAGAAGCUGCAGAAACGACAAGCCAUCAAGAGUCAUGAUGAGAUCCUCUUCAAGGUCUACUGCAGCGACCACACCUACACCACCAUCCGAGUUCCCGUGGCCGCCUCGGUCAGGGAGGUCACCAGCGCCGUGGCCGACAAGCUGGGGUCAGCGGAGGACCUCCUGCUGGUCAGCCUCAGUUCGGCCGGAGAUAAAACCAUUCUGAAGCCCAACGAUAUUUCUGUCUUCUCAACUCUCAGCAUCAACGGACGUCUGUUUGUCUGCCUCAGGGAUCAACUGGACUCACUGACCCCCCUCCUGGAGCAGGAGGGGCCGUCGACAGGAACCACGGGUAGCUUCGAGCUCAUGAGCUCCAAAGAUCUGGCCUAUCACAUGACCGUGUACGACUGGGAGCUCUUCAACUGCAUGCAUGAGCAUGAGUUGAUCUACCACACGUUCGGGAGGCAGAACUUCAAGAAGACCACGGCCAACCUGGACCUGUUCCUGCGCCGCUUCAACGAGCUGCAGAUGUGGGUGAUCACCGAGGUGUGUCUGUGUGGUCAGCUGAGCAAGCGCGUCCAGCUGCUCAAGAAGUUCAUCAAGAUCGCCUCGCACUGCAAGGAGUACAGGAACCUGAAUUCCUUCUUCGCCAUCGUGAUGGGAAUGAGCAAUCCAGCCGUGAGCAGACUGAACCAGACCUGGGAGAAACUUCCCAGCAAAUUCAAGAAGUUUUACGGGGAAUUUGAAAGCUUGAUGGACCCGUCCAGGAACCAUCGGGCCUACCGUCUGACCGUGGCCAAGCUGCAGCCGCCCGUCAUCCCCUUCAUGCCUCUGCUGAUCAAAGACAUGACAUUUACACAUGAGGGCAACAAAACGUUCAUCGACAGUUUAGUCAAUUACGAGAAAAUGCGCAUGAUUGCCAACACAGUAAGGAUAGUGAGAUACUGCAGGAGCCAAUCGUUCAUCGGGGACGCUUCUCAGGCCAACAAACACCACCCAGAGGUUCGGAGGUACGUCCGCCAGCUGAAUGUGAUCGACAACCAAAGGACUUUGUCCCAGCUGUCUCACAGACUGGAGCCUCGCAGGACCUGAGACAGGCAGACAAGCAGACAGUUAGACAGACAGACAGGCAGGCAGGUAGGACCUGAGACAGACAGACAGACAGACAGACAGGCAGACAGACAGACCGGCUGUCAGCCAGGCUGCACACUCCACAGCAUCAACAUGCCAGCUUCAUAUGAUCUGUAUCAUACAGACACGUGUGUCCUACACUUCUGAUACCUGCUCUAUGGAUCUCCUCAUCACACACAUGUAAUAUUGUAGGUGCCAUGUCCUAUGCUGUUGCUAGGGGUGAUUCUUCCCUGAUGUAAACUCUGUCUGUUUCUCCUGUUGGUAUUUGUGUAUUCAGCUUUCACCAAUGAGCAGCAAUAUCGACUGUUCAAAAUAUCCAAGUACUUUUUACCAACCCCUACACAAAUAACAACCUGUGACGCCAGUGAUCUUUUGUAAAGCCAUUAGGUUAUUGUAUCAUAACGCUUUAAGUUUGAGAUACUCUGGGGGAAAUUCUCUGACUCUUGUAACGCUUAAAUUCUUGUAAAACCCAGAUUUUCAGUUGUGGUUUUGUAUCUUUGUUUUGUAUAUCAGAUUAUAUUUAUAAAUAUUUCCUUUUGUGGUGUUUAUUACACGUUUGUAAAGUGAAUACAUAUUUAUUUUGAACUUGGCAUGCAAUGUUUCAGUAUGUUGGGUUGAUCACUGUAAGCACAUGUCCUCUUCUAAAGUAGUUGAGGCACAGUAAACAUUUGCAAG